UACCUCCCAUCUAGUGUGACGCUUCUGUGCUUCUCAGACAGUGCUCUGUCACCAUGAGUGGAUGUCCAUUUCUAGGAAACAACUUCGGAUAUGCUUUUAAAAAUCUAUCUGUAGAAGACAGUGAAGACCAAUCACAAACUGGUGUGAAUAAAGCCAGCAAAGGAGGACUUGUCUAUGGGAAUUACCUGCAUUUGGAGAAAAUUUUGAAUGCACAAGAACUUGAAAGCGAAAUAAAAGGAAAUAAAAUCCACGAUGAACAUCUUUUCAUCAUAACUCAUCAAGCUUAUGAACUCUGGUUUAAGCAAAUUCUCUGGGAAUUAGAUUCUGUUCGAGAGAUCUUUCAGAACGGUCAUGUCCGGGACGAGCGGAACAUGCUCAAGGUGGCCACUCGCAUGCAGCGGGUGGUGGUGAUCCUCAAACUCCUGGUGCAGCAGUUUUCUGUCCUGGAGACCAUGACGCCCCUGGACUUCAACGACUUCAGAGAAUACUUAGUUCCAGCAUCAGGCUUCCAGAGUUUACAGUUCCGACUAUUAGAAAACAAGAUAGGUGUUCUUCAGAACAUGCGCGUGCCAUACUACAGAAGACAUUAUCGAGACAACUUUAGCGGAGAAGAGAAUGAGCUGCUCCUCAAGUCCGAGCAAGAAAAGAGCCUUCUGCAACUAGUGGAGGCAUGGCUGGAAAGGACACCUGGCUUAGAGCCACAUGGAUUUAACUUCUGGGGAAAGUUUGAAAGAAACGUCAUCCAAGGACUGGAAGAAGAAUUCAUAAAGAUUCAGUCUAAAGAAGAGUCUGAAGAAAAAGAGGAAGCGAUGGCUGAAUUUCAGAAACACAAAGAGGUGCUGCUGUCCUUAUUUGAUGAGAAACGUCACGAACAUCUCCUUAGUAAAGGUGAGAGGCGACUGUCAUACAGAGCGCUGCAGGGAGCACUGAUGAUAUAUUUUUACCGGGAGGAGCCUCGAUUCCAGGUCCCCUUUCAGUUGCUGACUUUCCUUAUGGACAUAGACAUGCUCAUAUCCAAAUGGAGAUAUAACCACGUGUGCUUGGUGCACCGGAUGCUGGGCAGCAAGGCGGGCACUGGCGGCUCCUCUGGGUACCACUACCUGCGCUCGACCGUGAGUGACAGAUACAAAGUAUUUGUGGAUUUUUUCAACCUUUCAACAUAUCUGGUUCCCCGACACUGGAUACCAAAGAUGAAUCCAAUCAUUCAUAAAUUCGUCUACACUGCAGAAUACUGUGACAGUUCUUACUUCAGUAGCGAUGAUUCAGACUGAAUUCAUAUAAAAAUACUGUGAAGAAUAUUAAUUUCCCAGUCUAUUUUUUAUUUUCUGGAUUUUUCUAAAUACAUGUAGAGAAAAUGUAGUAUAUUUGUUAAUGUAAUAUAUUUGUAAUAUACAGCUCAACACCAUGGUCUUCUGACUUGAUUCUGGAAAUAACUGUCUUACGUUUGUGAUGAUAUAAGCAUUAAGAUGAAAAACAAUUUAGUUCAAUGGUAAUGUCGCACUUAGUGUACUUUGCUAUUAAAAGCUCAGUUUCCACUGGUACUUACCGUAAUGUAUCUACUAAAUGUAACCAUUGUAUUGCUGCAUUCUUACAGGCUUUUAAACCAGUAAAAUGUGUCAUUCUGUGCAGAACUUUUUGGAACAAACUGGGUAAAAUAAUAAAUUUAGUUGUUUUUGAAAUGUU